AUGAAUGGCGGUACACUCGUCAUUCGUGGAGAAAAGGUUCCGUCGCGAAAUGUAGGGGGUGUUGGUUUUGUUGUGCACCCAUCUGUCAUUCAUCUCGUCGAUUCUCACGAGAUCCUGUCACCUCGUCUGGCCAUUCUUCGCCUCCGCCCUCUGCGCCAAAAAUCCAUCAGUAUCAUCAACUGCUAUUCACCAACAUCAGCAGCUGAUGAUUCCGAAUUGGACGCGUUUUACGAGGAGCUGGAGGAAGUAGUCCACAACGAGAAGUCCUUUUACAAAUUCGUUUUCGGAGACUUCAACGCAAAACUAGGAAAGGCCAUAGAAGAGAUAAACAGGAUUGGAAGAUUUGGACUAGGGGACCGGAAUGAAAAUGGCAAUCGUCUCGCCAGGCUGUUGUCCGCCGCUCGCCUCUUUCAUGGGAACCCUGUUUUCAUGAAAAAAGAUCAUCGUCGGUGGACAUGGGAAUCGCCCAAUGGCGCGACUCAUACGGAGAUCGACCACAUCCUCACCUACCGGAGCCACACGUUGAAAAAGAACAUCUGCUAUUGGCAACGAAGGAGAAAAGAAGUCGUCUACGACGAUUGCGUACUCGAGGACUCCUUGUCCCAAGGUGACUGGCACAUCGAGGAGGACCCACACGUGGACUAUGAGAUGCUGCUCAUAGUCCACGUGCUUGAUCCGAAUGCAUCGCACCUUGAGCGGUUAGUAGCAGACACUAGCUGCAGAAAAGCGUUGCAGGAGGAUCUUUUGAAGUACAGGCAGAAGAAGAUUCUAGAAGCAGCACAAAGAAGAACGAGUCUAAAGAAGUGCCGCAGGGAUCUCCGCGAUUAUAAUAUUCCACUAGCAGCCUUGCUGAGCGAAGACGGGACUCGCACUUCUUGUCGUGAGAUGGAAAUCAUUACGCAGAGGUUCUACUCGAACCUUUUCCGUUCAUCAACUCCUGUGUCAAGCCCAAUCAUUCCCACUGGCGAAGCUCCACCACGGAUUCUCCCUUCGGAAGUACGAAUCAAGAGCAUGAAACCUGGCACAGCCCCCGGACCUGAUUUUAUAUCAGUAGACUUUCUUCGGGCUGGCGGCCAUCCGCUUCAUGUAAUCUUAGCAGCGCACAUGACAUUCUAUCUUCAGAAAGAAAGGAUCCCAGACCAAUGGAAGACCUCGCGAACCAUUCUUAUCCAUAAGAAAGGACGCUGGAUGAGACCCAGCCUCAAAGAACAAGCUGGAUUCCGCCAGGGGUUCAGCUGUUUGGACCACAUCCAGACCGUGUCGAGGGUCAUAGAGGUUUGCCGUGAAUACCGCCUGCCCCUUGUUCUAACCUUCGUCGACUAUGAGAAAGCCUUUGACAGCGUAGAAACGAAUGCAAUACUAUCAGCGCUGGUCGAUCAAGGUGUGGACGCGUCGUAUGUGAGGACAUUAGCCAAUUGCUACGAACGAUGCACGACUAAGAUACAGCUUUUCCACCGCCCUCUCACCAUACCCAUUGAAAAGGGGGUACGACAAGGCGAUACUAUAUCGCCGAAGCUGUUCACGGCUGCAUUGCAAUGGAUAAUGAAAUCACUAUCCUGGGAAGAAAGAGGCAUACGUGUUGAUGGAAGAUUUCUCUCGAACCUUCGUUUCGCGGACGACAUCGUUCUCUUUUCGAGCAGUACCAAUGAAGCAGAAACGAUGCUCAACGAAUUGAACGAAGCAGGUAAGAGAAUAGGACUACGAAUAAACAGAAAGAAGACACAGUUCAUGAAGAACGCCCACUCAGGAGCUCAGCUGGAUACGGCUCAAGGACCUCGUCAACGUCACUCACGAAGCUUGAGAACAUCUUGGAUGACAAUGGAGAGGGAACGAAACGAGUGGAAGAGAUGCUGGGGCCCGCACGUUCAGUGA